CAACAUGCGGUGGUUCCUACUAGUAUGCUUAGUGGGGGUUGCAAGAGGACAUCCCACCGAGGCACCAAAAGAGGGGGAGAAGGGCUUCAUUGACUGGAUUAACAGCAUCCUGGGAACCCCCACCACCACCACGCUGCGUCCUACGCAGGACCCUCCGGAUGACUGCCCCUCUUGCCAAUGCGGGGUACCGACACGCUCGCGCAUCGUCGGCGGCUACGAGACCAAGGUCCUGGAGCUGCCUUGGAUGGCGGCGCUCAUGUACAACGGCCGCUUCUACUGCGGCGGCUCGCUCAUCAACGACUUCUACAUCUUGACCGCCGCCCACUGCACCAGCGGAUUCCGUAAGGAGCGAAUAACCGUGCGUUUGCUAGAGCACGACCGCUCCAUGCCCAACGAGACGAAGACCAUCGACCGCGGCGUGCAGGCCAUCAUCCGCCACCUGCGCUACAAUCCGGGCACCUACGACAACGACAUCGCCUUGUUGAAGCUUGAUCAGAGGGUAGAUCUCAGCAAAGCCGUGAAACGUCUGCGCAACGAUCCCGAGAGCUCAGGCGAGGAGGGCAACGACGAGGAGGAUCAGCCGGGGCUGCGGCCCGUAUGUCUCGCGAGUCCCGGCCUGUCCUACUCCAACUACUCAGGUCUGGCCUCCGGCUGGGGCACCACUACGGAGGGCGGAUCCGUCUCUAAUUCCUUGCAGGAGGUGUCCGUGCCCAUAAUCUCGAACGCAGAGUGCCGAAAGACGGCAUACAAGCAGCGAAUCACGGACAACAUGCUAUGCGCAGGCGAACCCGAGGGUGGGCGGGACGCCUGCCAAGGCGACUCAGGCGGCCCGCUGCACAUUCUCAACACGGACAACAACGUUCUACAGGAAGUCGGUAUCGUGUCGUGGGGCGAGGGCUGCGCGCGGCCGGACCGGCCCGGCGUGUACACGCGCGUCAACCGCUACCUCACCUGGAUACGCAGCAAUACGCGCGACGCCUGCUACUGCAAGGACUAGUAUGCAGACCUACCAAGUCCAUCUGAGAGAAUAUGAUAAAAAAUCUUACCUUAGAGGAAAUAUCCUCCUGUCACAUACCUAAACAUGAGAGGAGGAAAAUAUGUAACUCAUACAGUAGCUGUACCAGCUAUUCAUUGAUAAAUAGGCCAAUUGUUUUACAAUAAUUGUAUUCAUUAGUAAAUUGAAUUAGUUUUCCCUUUCCUACAUAUUUUGUAAUUUUUUAAAUUUUGGGUCUGUUUUAUUUGUACUUUCCUCUUGGAGGUUUGAUUUUGUAAGUUUGAUAGUUAGGCAAUCUUUAUGUGGGUUGAUCACAGUGUCUAUAAGCCGUAUACUGUUUUGUAAUAAAGCUCUCUAUUUAAAUGUAUUUAUUAAGUAAUAAUUAAAUUAUGGAAUGUUAA